GUAAAUUGUCAAAUUGCUGAUCAAUGGAAUUACAGCUGGUACAUGUACAUGACAUACGUCAAACGGGAAUGAAAUCAAAUUGUUGAUCCAACAACCAGUUUCCGAUACCUAUAUAAGUUCAUAAUUGCAUUUUAAGCUCAUCAAGGAGGUAGAAUGUAUGAAUGUACGUUGGACGAGAAGGAUUUGCAGAAAGCUAAAGCUGAGCUGAAUGAGAAUCCCAAAACAAGACUGCAAGAUGUCCAGAAACUGCGAGAGAUGGUUCAAGGUCAUAAAGGCCUCAAAGUGGACACAUCGGACUCCUUCCUCCUUCGUUUCCUGCGUGCCAGAAAGUUCAACAUACAGCGGGCAUUUGACAACAUAGUAAGAUACUGCUCUAUUCGAAAUGAGUACCCGGAUGUGUUUGACAAGUUGUCGCCUCGAGCGGGCCCUAAUGACGUAAAGCAAGUACUGGAUGAUGGAUUUGUCACUGUCCUACCAGGAUUGGAUAAGGAACGGCGAAAAGUACUUGUAUUCAGACCAGGUCGAUGGGACCCUGAAAAAUAUCCGAUAACCAUGCUUCUUCGCACUAACAUUGUCUGCAUUGAACAGUUGUUGCUGGAUGAGAGCAUGCAAGUAAAUGGAAUUGUGAUUGUGAAUGACCUGAAUGGUAUGACAAUGUCAAAGGCUUAUAACAUAGGGCCUACCUAUAUGAAGAAAGCUUCUGCUGUUAUACAGGAAGCCAUGCCAAUAAGAAUGAAAGGCAUGAACAUGGUAAACGAACCUUCUGUCGUUGGAUAUUUAUUCGGACUUCUUAAGAUGUUCCUGAAACCCAAACUUUUGGAUAGGAUAUCUUUCCACGCCUACGAUAUGAAAAGUCUUCACAAGAAUAUACAACCUGAAAUUCUACCAGAAGAGUACGAAGGAACAGCAGGUCCAUUGAAUAACAAGGAAUGGAUUGAAACCCUUAAUAAAAACCAAGAUUAUUUUGAAAGGAUUAUGGGAUAUCGUCUGGAAGAAGUAAAAGAUCUUUUUGGACAUUCUGGGGACCUUGGUGGUGUGACGGGAACAUUCAAGAAACUAAACGUUGACUGAUGUCGCACUCAGAAAGAUAAUUUACUAAUACUCUCUUGCCAAAAUGUUCUUUACACAACGAUGUCAAAUUAGUUUCUGGUCCCUCUAAUUUGUAUUAAAUCAGAAGAUUCGUCAAGAGCAAUACCUUUUCUCCUGAAGUCAACAAUGUAAUCAACAAUUGCUUGGCAGUAUUCGGUGAACCCACUUAGUGAUUCAUCCUGAAAAGUAGGUCAAGUUGCAAAUUUAGGUCAAAUUGUUGAUGGACGGAAGGACAGAUGAAAAAGAGGGUGAUUUCAUAGGCUCAACAUGUGAGCCAAAACGACACAUACUCAGUAUAUCAGUAUAUUUGAUAGCUAUAAAUAUAU